AACCGGAGUAAACAUCCCGCCGGGGCCGCCGCCACCGCCUCUCAGCCUGCCCGGCCGGGCGCCGCCAUGGUCGGGGAGCUGCGGCCGGUGUACGGGGGGCGGUUCUUUGACAGGUUUCCCGAGCUGCCAACAGCAGGAAAACUGAUCCCAAUUGGAGAUACAGCUGCCAGUUGUCUGACUGAAGUUUUUCCCAGGCCUAUUACACCCCCAGUUGUGAGAAAGUUUCUCAAUUCUACAAGUCCAGCUCCUGGUGCUGAAAGAAUAUUCUAUGGCAGAGCAAAUGAUCCUGAUAUUGCAGUUCAUUUGACACAUGGCAUUAGCUCCCGGUCUUCACUAAGUGCUGGCUUCUUGACAAAUCCACCUAGAAAAACUCGGUUUCAACAAAAAAUUGAAGAGAGAAAAGAAGCCCUGUAUUUAAGAAAUCGCCAAGCACCUCUGGGGAGGUCAUAUGAUCAAACUUCAAUGUUACCUAAAGGCAUGGAUGUGACUGCCACCACUUUUGGAACAACAACCAUCAGAGACACACCUGGUGGAGAGCUUAUAAAUCCACCAAAAACCUUUGAGGUAGUGGAUAAUGAAGCAAAAGAAGGACACGAGUUGUAUGUUGUGACACACAAUGAUUACAAUGUAGGGGAAGCAAUAAACAGGAAAUAUGAGCCAUCAACAUUCAACAAAUAUCAUGUUUAUGGAAAAGAAACACCUCACUUUAAUGAUGGACGAAAUGUAUCCAAAUCUUUACGCUGGCUUUACAAUCUCCAAUUAAAGAAAGCAGCAAAAAUAGUGUCCAAAAGAAGUGAUGAUUUCAAGGAAAAGUUUCAGCCUCAGCUUGGAAAAGUCCUUGAUCCCAUAGCAGAAACUAUGAAUGUUCCACCAGACCAUACAUUUGGAAUGUUUCUUCGUCCUGAUGAGUUCGGAGUUGGUGAUCUUCUUCACAAUCGGGUUCCAAGUGAGUUCCUCCGUGGUAAAGACAGAGAGCGAGCUGUCUUCACUGCAAUUCGACAGAAUUUGAAGAAAGCUAACUACCACAAUUUUGGCACAUUACUAGAAGCAUUCAGGCAUUACGACAAGAACGGUGAUGGGAAGAUAGACAAAGAAGAACUGAGGAAGUCUUGUUUUCAGCUAAAUCUCGAUCUAGAUGAGGAACUGUUGAAUGCUUUAUUUGAUUACUGUGAUUUGGAUAAAGAUGGUUUGAUUGACUAUCUGGAGUUUGUAAACUUUCUUAACUGGAAAGACAAAAUGUCUAUUGAAGAAUUUGAAAAAAACAUAAUUACAAAAGGGAAAAAGCCAGAUGGUUCUGAGCCUUCCCUACCUGAAGAUGCAGAAACCAAAAUAAACAAUGGAUCACUCUUAAAAGAUGAAGAUCUUGUACCAAAGGAACCUGGAACCUCAGAAAAGACACCAAAAACUCUUACAAGACCAACAGAUCGUGUAUUUGCUGAUUAUCGCACAACUUCUUCUCAGUACAAUGCAACUGUAGGAGGUCUCCCUGCAACUUGUUACCCAUUAUACGGCAUUCCAACCAUUCGUUCAGACAUUCCUGCCCCUCGUAUUCGCCGCAUCAGUGACAGAACUAAUUAUGGUGAUGAAGCCAAUGCUUAUGCAUUAUUAUGUCCAUCUGUCUUCAGCCAGAAAGGAGUGUAUGAAAAAGAUUUUUUUAAGACAAGACCAAAGGCAGAGAUUGCACGAAUUCUCCGUAACAUUGGAGUGAGCAUUUCAGAUCAAAACUUUGAAGAAAUAUGGAAGCAGGCUUGCAUGAAAAAUCACAGAGGAGAGGUCUGUGUAGAAUCCAUCAGAAAUAUACUGGAUGAGAUACAAGCAUCGCAUACAAAAUGCAGUUGAGGUUUUCUAUUCUUUGUGGUAUUUUAUUUAAAAUAAAAUCUGCCAUAACUUUGGUUUUGACUAGAACAAAUGUUUAAAUGUAUUGUGUUUACAGAAUUAGAAUCCAAUCUAUAGUCCUUCUGUAAGGACUAUGGGAGACCGCAUAUAUAUGAAUCUGUUCUUAUCUCCCAUUAAAGUCUGGGAAUUGGGCCACUGAUUUCAGUGGGAACAGGACUAGGUAUGUUAUUUGCUUAUAAAUUGAAUUCAGUUGUUUCUCUAUAUAUUAUUAUAUGACUUAAUGUGUCUAAGUGUUCAAUAUUACAUUUUAAGCCUGAACACUUUUCCAUCUUGUCUUUGUUUACAAAAACAGAAACCAUUGCAUAAAUAUUUGAAAUGUUUUUACAUACUGAGAAUAAUUAAAUAACAAGAAUUUGUCUGA